AUGAUUCUCGAUGAGAUUUCGAUAUUUUUUAAAACUUAAUAAGGAUUUUCGCUUUAUGUGCAUAUUAAGAGUUUCUGUUUCUAAUUAUUGUUAAGCUUCAACAAGCAAAAAAUACUGGGAAGACUGAUUUAGUUGAGAACCAAAUCAAAUUAACUAUUAAUUGCAUCAAAUUUGGAGAGACCUUAAAUAAAAUAAUCAAACAAGAUCAAUUGUCUAAUUUAUUUUGAAGUUCAUGAAGAAACAGAAAUGAUGAAUGAACUCCUCAUAGAUAUGAUGGAAUUAGAUAAUCCAAUCAAUAGAAAAUAAUAACUUUGA